AUGAAGGCCGUGCCCAUCAUCCUCAUUGAAGGCCGUGAAGGCCGACGCCGCCGAAAGCAAGCAGUCAGUGUGAAGUGGGAGUCCUUUGCCUCUUCGUUGAUCGUCCUUUGCCGCGAGAACAACCAGAAGUCCCCGCAAUCCUGCUUGGUGGUGCCCUUGGUAUGUGGGACAUGCCUUGACAGCGGCAUCCCGCCCUCUGAGCGGAAGAACCUGGAGAAUGCAAAUGGUGACUCCUAUCCUCUUGGCAUCUUCGUUCCGGAUUGGGCUGCAUCAUGGGCAGCCAAUGUUCUGGUGGCAACAAUCGUUGAGGAGAUUUUUGGCUACAACGUGAGCCUUGUGAAGGGCACCGGCACCGUGAGUGGCUUCUAUGCCGUCAGCGGCUGUGUGGAUCCGACCGCGGUGGGCGAUCCUGGCUGUGGCUCAGGAAAUGUCACCAAACAUCACAUUGUGAUGGAGGCUUGGACAGCUGGCUACCCUUUGGUGUGGGAGACGCUUCAGAACGAAUACGCAGGUGUUGCAGCGAAGAACUUGGGAAACAUGGGAUAUGAGGGUCUCACCUCGACCUUCAUUCCGAAGCCCGUGCAACAGGAAGCAUACCGGACGCAGGGAAUGGCCUUGCAAUACUUCAAGUACUGGAAUGCCUCUUGGUACCAGCCUUCCAAAUACUUUGAGUCCAUCUCAGUGAUUCCCUCUGGGCUGACCAAACUCUGCAGCGACUCGACGUCUGUGAUGACUGAUGAUGCAACCAUGCGGAGGCACAUCGUCUUCACAGGAGAUGUUGAUGGCUUGGUCUAUGACAGCACUUCUGAUUCAUAUUCAGCACGCUGUGAUGAUGGUCAUUGGUGGCUUUCACCUUCUUGCCGAUCGAACUCUACACUUUGCGUUCCCUUCAUCACUGGGGGUGUUGGUUGGGGCAUUGAAGAGCUGAUGCAGAAAUCGACCAAAUGGAACAUGCCCAUGGCCCUUGGUGUGGCAGCAUCCUGGAGCGCUUACACGGAGUUUCCCUUUCUGCAUCCGAAAUCUCACUUCUAUUGGUGGAUCCCAGAUCCCACCUUUCUGGAACUGGAGCCGCUUCAGGUGAUCUAUCCACCAACCGACCGAAGAGCUUACAGCAGUGGUGACAUGUCGACUGCAGCAAGUGGCAUUUCUGUUGACAAGCACGUCAGCCGAGACUUGAGCGUUCUGGCACCCAAUGUUGAGAAUUUUGUGAGCAACAUUUUGGUGACCAUGGCGCAAAUGAAUGCGAUUCUCCUCGACCAAAAAAAAUACAUCUGA